UGUCGGCAUUUAGACGAGUUUUUUGCUUUGAUAAUAAAAAAUGAUUUAUAAAUCAAAAUAAAUAAAGAAAAUUAUGAUUAAAACAUAAUUUACAAACAAGUGUGUAAUUAAAAAAAAAGAAAACAGGAAAAACUCUCAAAAGGAAAUCAAUUUAGUGUUUUUUUUACUUUAAAAAAUGAAUAAAAUUCCGAUUAAAUUGGAAAGAACAAUUAAUUGUAUAAUUUGUCAAGAAUGUGGAUUAAAUUUUAAUGAAGAGAACGAAUUAAUUACUCACAAAGAGAGUAUACAUCAUCAGUUUAUCUGCAAAUGCUGCACCAAGGAAGAAAUCUCCUUGCUUAACUUUGAGCAGCAUCUUCAAAUCCACGGAGGAAUCAAGCUCUUCAGGUGCAUCCUUUGCCAGGAAGAAUUCUCCUUUCUGUCUGAACUCAAUAAUCACCUUCCGGGUCACAUGAAGGAGGAAAUUCCCGAACUAGAGGACAUUGUUACAAAAGAGGAAGUGGAAGUUGUUAUUCAAGAAUCGCAUCAUGUUGCUGAGGAUUCCCACCACGAUGAAACAGAUGAGAAUGAUUUGAUUGAGAAGAAACUCGAAAUAAUAAAUGUACAAAAUACUGCAGAAUUGGAAGAAAAUCCUGAGAAGCCAAAAAGACGUAUCCGAAGAAAAAGAAAAAAAGUAGAUUAUUCCUUGCUUGAGAAAACAUUUAAAUGCCCCCAGUGUCCACAUAGUUCCAAAACAGCAUCAAAUCUUAAACUUCACCUCCGGACACAUACGGGCAUCAAACCCUAUGAGUGCGCAUUCUGUGGGAAGAAGUACGCCGUGAAGAGUAGUGUGAGGAAUCACCUGAUAAUGAAGCACAACAAGAGUAAAAAGAAAACGGAAGUUUGCCAAAUUUGCGGAAAAGCCUUCUACUUUGUCGAGCGAUUGCGGAUACACAUCCGGGAGAUUCAUUCGUCGAAUAGAGAAAGAUACCCUUGCUUCGUGUGUGGCAAAACCUACGCAUCCAGGGGGAUUGUGGCUAUUCACAUGCAGAGUCAUGCCAAACAAUCCGGAGCACAUCCAUGUCCCAAGUGCGACAAGACCUUCGACACACCCGUUGCUAUGCUGCAACAUCACCGACAUAUGCAUGUGGCACCAAAGAAAUACCACUGCGAUUGGCAAUCGUGCAACUUUAAGUCUGUGUCCAGGUCAGUCCUUGUGGAGCACCAGAGAACACAUACGGGGGAGAAACCUUUUCAGUGCAGUAUUUGCCAAACAGCCUUUGCCACAAAAGCCGCUGUUGGACGACAUGUUGCACAGCGGCAUUGUCCGGCUACACUUCAGUGUGAAUUUUGUGAGAAAGUCUUCAAAGUACCUGCUACGCUGCGGUGUCACCUGCGCAGGGUGCACAUGGAGAGGAAGAUCACCUGUUCAGUGUGCGACAAAAGGUAUGCAUCGCAAGGAGAUUUAACCAGGCACAUGAAGGAUAGCCAUUCAUGGAGGAAAAAGAAGGGAAGUUCAAAGGAUUAAAUUGUAUCGCAUAUUUUAUUUGUACAUUUUAUUAUGUAAAAUACAUAAA